AGGGAGGAGGCGCCUGUGCGCCGGCUGCCCCUCCUGCUGCCUGCCUGGCGUGGAGGCCGGGGAGGGGCCGGCGGCGCUGGUAGCUGUCCUGGGUGUUGAAGCUGCUGCUGCCGGAUCUAGGGAGCCGCCGGGAAGCGAAGCCAGCCCGGACGAGGCAGCAUGGACUGAGCGCCGGAGGGAGCGGAGCGGAGCGGGCAGCCGCCUGCGAUGGGCCAGGCAUGAUGGGGGCGCUCGGCUCCAUGCUCCCGCUGCUGCUGCUGCCGGUCUUCGCCGCCGCCCCGCACAGCCAGCUCCCCCGCGCCGGAGCCGCCGAGGCCAGAUUCGGUGAGUGCUGCGGCCGCAGAGGAGGGGCCGGGCCGGGCUGGGUUCUCACAGGCUGCCUGUUUGAGGAUGAUCUUUGCCAAACUUUUGAGAUCUGCAUAAAUGAUGGAGCGUUUGGGAGAUGUCAGCGAGUUCCGGUGAUAGAUGUAUAUAAAUACGAAAUUUCACCCCCCAUUCUUCAGCACCUAAGGAUCAUCUUAGAGAAGCUUUCACAUAGAGGUUUUACCUGGCAAGAUGAUUACAUGCAGCAUGUUAUUGCCCUGGAACUCUCAAACAUUCGUAAAAUCCACCACUGGCACCCUGAUUCAUUUAUAUCUGAUGGAUCUGACACAUUAAGGACUUCAAAGUGGAGUGCUGCUGAUAAUGAAAGGAAUUAUGAGCUGGAAAAGGAUGUGGACUUGGCCAAGUCCCUUCAGCAAUAUCUGGCAUACCUAGGUAUUCUCUCGCAGUCUGCAGCUCCAAAUUUAUAUCCAAGGAUGAAGAAUGACAAAGCUUCUGUCAAGGGUAACAUCCAACCUGAUCUCAUUAUAGACUACAUGAUGCAGCAGUCCAAAGGAAAAGCACCUGCUUUGACCCAUCAACAGUAUGCUGAGAAUCCUGCAAUGAGGACCUUCAAUCAACCUCAGCUGGAGAACUUCCCACCAGAGUCAGAUGCAGAACUUGACAGAAAUGCUCUGAUUUCUGCACUACAUGCCUAUGUCGCUCAGAAGAUGUCAGCACGGAACAAUGAUAAAAGCUCCAUUGGCAGGACUAAAUGGUCUCAUCUCUAUGCUAAUAGGUUCCAUUCAUCUCAGACUGGCCAUUUUGAUGGAACCUUAGCCAGAGAAGAGACAGAAGAUUUUAAAAUGAAGCAGCCAUUCCUGCGGAGACCUGGAGCUGUAGUGCUGGGACCAAGUUCAGAGAUGCUGACUUAUAAAUCUGCUUCUCCUCAGGGUGAUCCUAAAGAUCCUCUGAAUGCAGUGGAUGAAACAUUUAUUCAGGAUAUACUGAAAGACCUGAAGAAAAACAAGGUGAACAUGGAUAAUCUUAGCCCACUGGAGCUUGACGAGAUGGCCGAUAUUAUUGCUGACGCCAUUCAAGUUGUUGAUGUGGCAGAAGAAAAGCAAAAUGGAGCUGGAAAGUUUGAAGGAGAGAGACCAAAAGCAGAAGUCAAGGAAGUGGAUGCACAAAGAGGAGUAGAUUAUGAGACUGGAUUAAUGGAUGCCAUUGUUAACAUGCAAGAUAAUAGAGGACAUGAAGAAGAUGCCAGAGCUGAUAAAAAGGAGAACAAUUUGGGUGUAAAACGAAUGGACUUCUCAAAUGAGAACGCAUUAACAGAAAAUCUGCCAAAUAAGCCUACUUCUGAAGACUCCUUUAAGACUGAAACCAAAAAAUCAGAAGACUCAGAUUCUUCUUCUUCCUCAGAAGAAGAAAUAAAGGUUGGUGUUGAAAAUGUAAAGAGUGAGACUUUCUCAAGGGAACUGGCAGCUGAGAAGAAAACUGAAUCUGAACCUGACACUAAAGAGCUGACUAAGAUCCACUACUGGAUUAAGAAUUCUUUGAUGCGGGAUGAAAGUGCCUAUGAAGAACCUCAAAAAAAGACGGGAGAAGGCCUACAGCUAGAAGUGAAGUCUUCUGAGGAGAAGGAAUAUGGCUAUAUUGUGACAGAGAAAGACCCGCUGAAUGUGGAAAAGGGUUUGGAGUUAAUAAAGGAUGUGGCAGAUCUCCUGAAGCUGCAAAUGAGUGACUUUGACGAUGUCAACAUACUGGGACCAGCUGUGACCUUCAAAAUGCACUCAAAUGUCCAAAAUAUUACAACUGCAGAUGUUGCCAAAGCAGCAGAUGUCAACAAAUACAAGCUUGAAAAAGCUACUGGACUGAAGAUUCUGCAGACUGGCUUAGGGGAGAAAAGCAAACUGAAGCUUCUCCCUCACCGCACCGCGGAAGACGAAGACUCCACCAAAUUCAUCAUCCUCACCCUUCUCUCCAUUGCCUGCAUUAUUGGGGUCCUCGUUGCUUCUGGGGUCCUCUACUGCCUCCGCCAUCAGUCUCAUCACAGGCUGAAAGAGAAGCUGUCCGCCUUGGGCACUGACACCAGCUCAGAUGCCACUGCUGCUUACCAGGAGCUGUGCCGUCAGCGCAUGGCUGUAAAAUCAUCUGAUCGACCAGAGCCCCUUCACACUUCUCGCGUAAACAGUGUCUCGUCACAGUUUAGUGAUGGGCCCGUUGCUAGCCCCUCUGCUCGGAGCAGCACAUCAUCCUGGUGUGAAGAACCAGUUCAGUCUAACAUGGACAUCUCCACCGGUCACAUGAUCCUGUCCUAUAUGGAAGACCAUCUGAAGAAUAAAAAUCGUCUGGAGAAAGAGUGGGAGGCCCUUUGUGCUUAUCAAGCUGAACCCAGUGCUACGACCAUUGCCCAGAAGGAGGAGAAUGUCCAGAAGAAUCGCUCUCAAAGUGUCGUAACGUAUGAUCAUUCCAGGAUAUGCUUGAAAGCUGAAAAUAGCCAUGACAAUUCAGACUACAUCAAUGCCAGCCCAAUUAUGGACCAUGAUCCCAGGAACCCUGCAUAUAUUGCUACUCAGGGCCCUCUUCCUGCUACUGUUGCUGACUUCUGGCAGAUGGUCUGGGAGAACGGCUGUGUGGUUAUUGUCAUGCUGACACCCCUUACUGAAAAUGGAGUCAAGCAGUGCUACCACUAUUGGCCAGAUGAAGGGUCAAACCUCUACCACAUCUAUGAGGUAAAUCUGGUUUCUGAGCACAUCUGGUGUGAGGAUUUCCUAGUGAGGAGCUUCUACUUGAAAAACCUACAGACCAAUGAGACUCGAACCGUGACACAAUUCCAUUUCCUUAGCUGGCAUGAUCAGAAAGUUCCUGCUUCCACAAGGUCACUUCUGGAUUUUCGCAGAAAAGUAAACAAGUGCUACAGGGGUCGUUCUUGUCCAGUAAUUGUUCACUGCAGUGAUGGUGCAGGAAGAAGUGGAACCUACAUUCUAAUUGACAUGGUUCUCAAUAAAAUGGCCAAAGGUGCUAAAGAGAUUGAUAUUGCUGCUACCCUGGAGCACUUGAGGGACCAGAGACCAGGCAUGGUCCAGACAAAGGAGCAGUUCGAGUUCACAUUGACAGCGGUUGCAGAGGAAGUGAAUGCAAUACUCAAGGCACUUCCACAAUGAGCGGUUCCGUCUCCUUGAGGUUCCCUGAGGAUCCAUCGCUCAUUUCCUUACUCUGUCCCUGUGAAUGUUGUUGGAAACCGUGACCUGACCUUAACUGUGUAUCUUCUAUUGUAACCACAUAGUAAUAGGGUCCUUACAAACUUCUAUAGCCAGUAAAAGUUCAACAGUUAAAAUGUGUAUUCUGCUUCUGUUUUUUAAAAUUUUAAAAAAGAUACCUUGAAGCCUCGGAUUAAGUGACAGAACAAUCCAUCUAAUUCCUUUCACACCCUGAGAGGCCUGAAUUUCACACUUUGAAAGCACACGUUCAUGUUCUUAAUAGCAAAUAUACAGUAUUGUGGGUAAUUAGUGCAGUCAAUAUAUUCUCAGAAAAAACAGUGUUCUGUUAUACUUUGUAACUUCUCAGAGGCUGAAUAAGAAGAGCAAGGGGCCUGAAAAGUACUGGGAUUGUUCUGACACAAUACCAAGCAAGAGCAUGAAACAAUGCUGUGUGUGUUAGUAAACACAGGUCUGGCCUCUUGCAUAAAGAGCUGCGCCUUUUCAUGCUGGGCUUUGGCAAGCAAAUGUUUUCUUAACUGUUGUUUACUUUUCAGCUUUGUGCAAUGAAUGGGAGAAAAUCUGAGCUAUAAGUAAAUAGGCCUGCACAGUUGUCACAACUACAGAGAACAAGUCGGUCACAUUAAUGGGAACCCAAUGUAUAAAGAGCACAACAACACUUAUUAUGUACCACUGGCCUAGCAGAAAAGGAAGCAGGAUAGUCUAACCUCAAGAAGUGAGUUGUAGGCCCCAUAUAGCAGCUGGAUGAAUGGCCUGAGCUGUUAUGAAAGCAGAUUGUUGAUUUUAUAGGAUUACUGGAGAGAAUGGGAGCUUCUUUAUAUUUUGGCAUUAAUUUUCCCCCCCUAAAACCAUGUUGUUACCAUUCUUUUUAGAUCAGAAAGUAAAUGCAUUCCAGGCAUUCCUGCCUGAAACAAAAGUUUUUUCAAUCUACAUUGUAUGAAUUUGUCUCCAUGCAGACGUUGGUUACAUCUCUCUGCAAUAUUUCUGUUCUUUCCCCAUUCUAAAUUAUAAAUAUUAUUUUAAUUCAUUAUUAUAGGAUGAAGAAAUGUUGGUAGAAUUUCUAAGGUUCUUUUGCUCUAAAUUCUUAUACCUACUGUUUCAAAGCAAUGCUAAAGUAUGUCUGGAAAUGAUCCAGUGAUGUAACUUUGCUUAAACACACCCACAUUUUUCAUUGUUUAUUUCUGUGGGGGGAAUAAAACUGCUGAUAGAAACACUUUGAUUUAUUCGAAUGAGGGACUAUGGGUAACAUGUUUAAAAGUGAAGUGACUUGGGCUCCUAAGAGUAACUCCUUUUUGAAAAUGGGACUUAGGCCCUGUAGAUGAUUUUGAAAAUGUUACCUAACAUGGUUGUAGUUUCCAAGUUUAUAUUUUUUCAAAAUUACUUGAAAGUGUUUUAUGCUUUUAAUUGUGCCAGGUUAAAUGAUUUUGAUUUCAGAAUUGCAAAAUAUAUAAAUGGUUUUAAUUGUGGGGUCUUUUGUACAUCUCUAUUCAAUGAAUUGUUUAAAAAAUAGCAUUGCAGUUUUGUUAAGAGAGACGACAGGAUGCGAUGGACAGACCUGUUGGAAUUAAAUAACAUUUUGCAAUUUUGUGUUGUAGGUAUGGAUGUUGGUGAUUUCUUCUUUUUGGUGAUUAAAGAGUUAUUUCAAAAAGUGCCAGGCGUGUUACUUUUCUAUGUAUGUUUUUGUACAGUCUUCUCAGUGUGUGCUGCUACUGCUUAAUUUGUGCAUCCCAUUACCCUGGCAGUAUAGAGCAGUUACUGCAGAUGCCAUCGUCCUCUUAAGUACACAUACUGUAUAUUAAGCCACAUGUUUAUUUUAUGGCAUAAGCAUUUUAGAGCUUUCCUAGCAAUAACUAAAAAAACUAAUGGGGUAUGAAUGAGAAAAUUGCCUUUUUCAUUUGAUAAUUUAGGUUUAACAGGACUCCUUUAUUAGUUUAGCUAACACAAAAUUGCAGAUCAGGGCAGAUUGAAUCAGUUUGAACAAUAUCUGCCAGUGUUUGAAUUAGAUUUAUUGUGGAGACAGUGUGACAUGGCUUUCUGAAAAUAUAGGUAGCUAUAUCCAAACCAACCUACCGAAGAUUCAAACUUGGUACAUCCUGGCCCCCACCUCCUGUUGCCAAAUGGAAUGGUCUCACUGCAGGGAUGCUGUGUUGUUACUGACUGACAACCAAAGAGGAUGGUAGCUUUUCAGAGGGCAGAUCCUUGCACUGUGAUUUGUUAAUGUUUUCAGAGCUCACUCUACCCAUACCCACGGCAAACCUGAGUCACAGUGGCAAUCCUCAAUUCCUCUGGAUUUAUAAAGCACUUCAUGAUGCUUUUCCAAACUGUUACAAUUUCUGUUUAAAGUUCAACCUAAUUCUUCUGGAAAUAUUUAAUCAUGAUAUGUUUCAGGUUAAUAAUGUAAGGGUUAUUCCUAUUCAGAAACAGCUAGAGCAGGAAUAUAAUUGUCUAUUAAAUUCUAUAGAAUUGUUCAAACUACAGAAAGAUGGUCAUCUUUUCCAUUAAAUUAUAUAGGUUUUCAGAGUAUUUUCUAUAGAAUUCCAUUUAAAACUCAUUUGUUUUCAUCCUGACUAAAUACUAUAGUACUUCUCCAUAAGGUCAGGAAGUGAUUAUAACCUUGAAAGCAGGAAGUACCUUCCAGCAAUCUAAAGACUAUUACACAGCAUUACAAGGCCAAGAGAUUUUCUGGCUUUCUUCUUCAGAGAGGUGCCAAACUUGCAGUACACACUGUAAAUAAGCAAACCCAGGGAUCCUGCUUGUGUAGGUAGUGUUGGCCACUAAUCUUCAUAAAAGUUUGGAUGAAAGCAUACUUUUUCCCACAGUAAUAAUAAAUAUAGACCCUAUCAGCAAAAUUCACGUUUCUAUCCCAUCGGGUUAAAUUGUGGUGUCAUGUCAUUUCAUCUUCAAGUGAGAUACAGAGCUGUGAAAAUAUUACCUGAUGCAACCUGGCAUGUCAGAAUGUAAAGAAGAAUUUGUUUGUCAGAUGAAGUUUAUCCCUUUUGUAGCAGUUAACUUAAUCUAAAUGAUUUUGCAGUGGGUUUUGUGCCUACAUACCUGCCCUUGGCUUGGUUACUGUCGCCAUUCACCAGCCCAUUUAGUAGCCUCGGUCUUGCAUGUGCAUUUUGAAUCAACAUGAAAAAAGGUUCUUCCUGAUUCUACUUCAGCAAAGCAUCUGCCUUAAGCCAAAUAAGAUAUUGGACAUCACAAACCCACCUUUUUGCAGUACUUUGAGGAGUGGCUUGAUCGUUGUUAAACUGAUGUCCAAUAUUGAAACUUGGGCUGUCAUCUGACUCUUAGGAGGGCUGGAAUAUAUUCUAUGCAUUAAAUAGUGGCUUAGCUAAUCUCAUUGAUAAAAAAACAAAUCUACGGAUGCUGUUUGUGUGUUUGCAUCUUUAAUUGCCAUGGACCUAAAGCAUAAUUGAAGAAAGGAUUAAAUUAACCCCAGUGCUGAGCGAGCACCACCUAUUAAUUACUUUGAGAGGGCUGCCGUCUGGGUACAGAGUCCAAGUUUUCCAAAUGUGCCACAGAAGGGACUCCAUGCCAGGUCUGAAUAUGCAGAUGUGAGGGAAGUGAGGUCUGGAAGAGAGGCCACUAGAUCCAGGAAUAUGUAACUCCAAUGGCUGGAAACACUUGCAUAAAGAGCGCAGAGGGGAUGUAACUGUUACUCCUGUCUGUAGCCUGGAGAGGCAGCAAUGAAGUAGCAGCACUGUGCUCCCCUCCUCCCCCUGUCACUCCCCAGGUUUUAUGGGGGAGAUUUCAUCCCCACCAGUUGCAAUAUACCCAAUUGCCUAAAGCCCAAGUACUCAGGUGGAAUCCUGGCACCACUGAAAUCAAUCGGAGUUUUGCCAUUGCCUUCACUGGUGCAAGAAUUUCACCCAUGAGCUUUAUCCAGCAGUCCUGAAUCUCAUCCUAAGGGCCUGAUCCAGAACCACCAAAAUCCAGUGGGUGUUCUUGAUGAUGGAUUGGGCUCAGAAAGAAUUUUAGCAGAGACUACAAUAUGCAAAUGUAGUCCAACAGCAAGGAGAACCGCUUCCCCCCCACACCCUCCCGAGUGGUUAUUUAAAUGCUUUAAAAAAACCAAAAUCUGAUUAUAAAUGCAUACAUAAAACCACCCCAGCACAUCCAUGAGGCAAUGACAGCAAUAUAUCUGUAAUUUGUGGGUUUGUGCUUUAUUAAUCAAGUAGAACAUUAAUAAUAAAAAACCCAACCCACUUUAUAAUUACUGGAGUAGACAUUAAUUUAAAAAGCUGUUUAUUAGAAUAGAAAAUAAGUAUUUGAUUAGCAUUGUUACAGAACAGUGGCUGUCUUUUAACUUUUUUUCUGCCUGUUUGUUUAGGAAACUCUUAGCAGUUGUGAUAAUUCACUUUUUUAAAUUGUACAGUUUGUAUGAUUUUGCUUUUUAAAUGGGAGCACACUUUAUAGAUUUGAUUGUUAUAUUUUCUGUUAUGACUACCUUGGACCUUUGGAAAAAAAAUUCCCCACCAUGAUUUAAAGAAAAAAUACUGUUGGUUUAUUUUUACAAUAAACCAACAACAAAAAUUUACAAAACUGUGGCAUACUUAAUCCAGUUAAAGCUUGACACUUUUUCCACUAGUCUUCAUUUACCAUGUUAAAAAUAAAAUAAAAUUACACCAGCAAGAUUUUAUUUGAAGAAGUUCGUGUGCAUGCUCGUUGUACUGUAUUUGAUGGCACACGUUGUUUUGUGUUCAGAAGUUCCGUGCUUAGUGGAUUGUAAUAGAUUAUUUAUAUGUUUAUAAUAAAGACAAACAAAGAGAUUAUA